GUUCAUUACCACACCCCGUGCGGCCGUUAACAUGUGUGCGUGCGUAGCUUCGUCGCGGGCGUGAUCCUGCGCGAACGCAUCCCCGCCUUCGAGCGGAUGCUGUGGCGCGCGUGCCGCGGCAACGUCUUCCUCAGGCAGGCGGAGAUCGACUCGCCACUUGAGGACCCGUCUUCUUCGGACCAGGUGUACAAGUCGGUGUUCAUCAUCUUCUUCCAAGGAGACCAGCUCAAGACUCGCGUCAAGAAGAUCUGCGAGGGCUUCCGCGCGACGUUAUACCCGUGCCCCGAGGCGCCGGCUGACAGGAGGGAGAUGGCCAUGGGCGUGAUGACCAGGAUCGAGGACUUGAACACGGUGUUAGGCCAGACCCAAGACCACCGGCACCGCGUGCUGGUGGCCGCCGCCAAGAACAUCAAAAACUGGUUCGUGAAGGUGCGCAAGAUCAAGGCCAUUUACCACACGCUCAAUCUGUUCAACCUGGACGUCACGCAGAAAUGUCUCAUCGCUGAGUGCUGGGUGCCGGCGCUGGAUUUGGAGACCAUUCAGCUGGCUCUGCGAAGAGGAACGGAGCGCAGCGGCAGCUCGGUCCCGCCGAUCCUGAACCGCAUGGAGACGGCGGAAGACCCGCCCACGUACAACCGCACCAACAAGUUCACGUCGGCCUUCCAGAACCUCAUCUACGCCUACGGAGUCGCGACCUACCGGGAGGUCAACCCUGCGCCGUACACGAUCAUAACGUUCCCGUUCCUAUUCGCGGUGAUGUUCGGCGACCUGGGCCACGGCGCGCUCAUGGCCAUCUUCGGCUUCUGGAUGUGCUACAAGGAGAAGCCGCUGCAGGCCAAGAAGAUCGACAGCGAGAUCUGGAACAUAUUCUUCGGCGGUCGCUACAUCAUCCUCCUCAUGGGUCUUUUCUCUAUGUACACCGGCCUGAUAUACAACGACAUAUUCUCCAAGAGUCUGAACAUCUUCGGUUCGUCGUGGCGCACCAACUACAACCUCACGACGAUGCAGUCCAACAAGUUGCUGCAACUCAACCCUGACUCGAUGGACUACUUGCAGACUCCGUAUCCGUUCGGAAUUGACCCCGUUUGGCAGCUGGCCGAGGCCAACAAAAUCAUCUUCAUGAACGCGUACAAGAUGAAAAUCUCCAUCAUCAUCGGCGUCUUCCACAUGCUGUUCGGUGUCUGCAUGUCGCUCUGGAACCACAUCUACUUCAAGCGACGCAUCAGCAUCUACGUGGAGUUCAUCCCGCAGAUCAUGUUCCUGACGCUGUUGUUCUUCUACAUGGUGCUGCUUAUGUUCAUCAAGUGGGUGUCAUAUGGCUCCACGCCGCCGCACUUCGGCAGCCAGGACCCAGAGAUCGUGAAAUCGAGCGCGUACUGUGCGCCGUCGAUUCUGAUCACGUUCAUCAACAUGAUGCUGUUCAAGACGGACGAGAACCCGCGGCCUGUCUGUAAUGACACCAUGUACGCCGGACAGAUCGGCCUGCAGAAGUUCUUCGUGAUCGUGGCUCUGCUAUGCGUCCCUGUGAUGUUGUUCGGUAAACCCUACUUCGUCAUGAAGGAGCAGAAGCAACGUGCCCGCCAGGGCCACCAGACGAUCGAGGGCGCGGCCGAGAACGGAGCCGCCGGCGGCGCCACCGUGCCCGCCACGCAGCACCACGAUGAAGAAAUCUCGGAGGUCUUCAUCCACCAGGCCAUCCACACGAUCGAGUACGUGCUGGGCAGCAUCUCGCACACGGCGUCGUACCUGCGGCUGUGGGCGCUGUCGCUGGCGCACGCGCAGCUGGCCGAGGUCGCCUGGAACAUGCUGCUGAGGAAAGGUCUGAUGUCGGCGGGCUACUCGGGCGGCAUCAUGCUGUACGUGGUGUUCGCGGGCUGGGCCGCCAUCUCCGUGUCCAUCCUGGUGCUCAUGGAGGGGCUGUCCGCCUUCCUGCACACGCUGCGGCUCCACUGGGUGGAGUUCCAGAGCAAGUUCUACAAGGGCGAAGGAUACUUAUUCCAGCCGUUCUCCUUCGAGGUGAUCCUGGACUCGGCCGGCACAGGCGACGAGUAAACCCGCGCUCAAUACUAGCGUGCACGAAUUACUAACGGGCUAAUGUAUCCUAAACCUUAAAAAAACUCAAAGAUAAAGAUGUAACAAGAAAGAUUUAGUUUAUGAUUGCUGACCUAACUUAGGUACAAUAUUGUCAAAUUUUCGCAAUCGGCAGCAAGCGUUAUGAGCACUGUCAUUAUGGUAUAUUCUUAUACAGUCUCAUAAGUAGCCCGUAACAUUAGUUCACUCAUUUUUUCCCAAGUUAUUCGUGUAGCGGCGGUAGUGUGGCCCGUUAUAGUCUAGCUACGACAGCAAACGUUUGGAGCGAAGCGGUAGGCUGAGCUGAGCUAAGCGAGCGGUUGUGUAUUGCUUUCGAUCUGUCUAUAUUCAAGCGGGUGUCGGAAUAUGACCCCUUUCAGUGGUGGACCCCAUAAUAAGCAAUCGCUCGCAAGUAGUUUCAAUAUUUAUCUUAUAAGUGUAAAAGUCUUAAUAUUGUUCAAUGUAUAUCGAUGUUUAGAUUGAAAUAAAUAUUUAGAUGUCAAUCUAUAUUAUUGCAUUUUAAAAUGUUCAAUGUCUACUUACUUAAAUGUUCGCUAAAUGAGCGAACUCGGUUUCAAUCGAUUUGCUUGUCAAUGCAAAGCUUGUAACAAUUUAUUGCCAAUUUGACGUUUAUUUUAUUAUUAGAAAAUUAAAUUGCUGAAAGUUUUUUUUAUCUAAAUCAUUUUGUAAGAAUAAAUAAAGGUGUGCGUGAUUUAGUUUUUGUAUUUUUUACACCCAUGUUCCAAUUAUGUACUUAAAAUUGUACGGAAUUCAAACCUGUGGCUCUCUGUAACUGUGUGUUAACAAUGUAGCAUGUUAGAAGCAAUGUCAUUCCAGUAGUAUCAUAGUUUUCAGA